AUCAAACCUCCAACCCAUGCUUCUUCCUAAGGAGGCGCUUUAGUCCGCUGAGUUAUCUGGCCAGCCCAAGAAUGGACCUUUAUAAGGAAUGUCAAGUCAAUGCUUACACACACACACACACACACACACACACACACACUCGUGUAUAUAUGUUCUAAGAAAAUCUAAUGAAACUUGGAAGCGAUCCACAUUCAGUAAAGAUGCAGCUAAUUUCAGCCAGCUGCCUUUGCACCUAAACGUAUCGAUGUGCUACCUAAUGUGUGAGGGUCACUGACUUAGUGGCUAAUGAGUUGCUGGUAAACGAGACACUUGGUAGAGCCCUACUGGAAAGCACAAUAAAGGGAAGCGGAGGUCCACCGCGCUAGGAAGGCAGACGAAGCCUGGGGAGCUAAGAGCAGCGCUAAAGGUCCACUUUCCUGACUGCGGUCACUCAGGUCGCAGAUCACGCGCGAAUCUUCUUCAGCUCGGCCCACUGCAGCUCUACUCCGGGUGGCGAUGGGGCAGGCCGCGGGCCAGCAGGUCCACGGCCUGGUUUUAAGAUGAUGGGCUUGGGGAAUGGGCGUCGAAACAUGAAGUCCCCACCCCUCGUGCUGGCUGCCCUGGUGGCCUGCGUCAUUGUCUUGGGCUUCAACUACUGGAUGGCCAGCUCUCGGAAUGUGGAUCUCCAGACACAGAUCCUGGAGCUGGAAGGCCGGGUGCGCAGGGCAGCCGCCGAGAGAGGCGCCGUGGAGCUGAAGAAGAAUGAAUUCCAGGGAGAGCUGGAGAAGCAGAGGGAGCAGCUGGACAGGAUUCAGUCCAGCCACAGCUUCCAGCUGGAGAGUGUCAACAAGCUGUACCAGGACGAGAAGGCUGCAUUAGUGAACAACAUCACCACAGGUGAGAAGCUCAUCAGAGACCUGCAAGACCAGCUGAAGGCCCUGCAGAGGAGGUACGGGCGGCUGCAGCAGGAUGUGCUCCAGUUCCAGAAGAACCAGACCAACCUGGAAAGAAAGUUCUCCUAUGACCUGAACCAAUGCAUCAGUCAGAUGAAAGAGGUGAAGGAGCAGUGUGAAGAGCGAAUAGAAGAGGUCACUAGAAAGGGACAUGAAACUGCAGCUUCCAGAAAGAGUGAAAGAAAUGACCAACGUCAGCAGGCUCCCAGUGAAUCCCAGCCCAGACUGCAGGAAGCUGGCUUGCCACAGGCCACAGUGCCACAAGCAAAGGGAGGUGUGUCCAGCAAGGGGAAGUCCCAGAUCCCAGUGCUCCAUUCUGAGGUGGUUUUGGAUUUGAAGGAACAAGCUAAAAAAGAGGAAACCAAUGAGAUCCCGGAUGUGAGUGAAGAAGUUCAGAGAAACAGUGGUGGGUUGCCCCAGGAGCCAGGCCAAGGAAAGGCUGCAGAAAACAUGGCCAAAGGUGGCAAAGGCUUUGGGGGAGCUGGAGAACUUAGCCGCACCAUACAGGUGCCAGCUGUCCUGUCAGUGAGCCCAGAAAACCAAGCAGCAGAAGAACCUGAGCGAGACCAGCUUGUUAUCCGUGAAGGGCCAGAGGAACAGGCUGCUGCUAGGGAAGGAGAUGAUGACUACAACAUGGAUGAAAAUGAAGCAGAAUCGGAAACAGACAAGCAGGCAGCCCUUGCUGGGAGUGACAGAAACUUAAAUGUUUUUAAUGCUGAGAAGAGAGACAUCAUACAUUUAUUUGAUCAGCGUGAAAAGCGGAAUCAUACACUGUGAAUCAAACUGGCACUGUGUACUUCGUCAGGACUGAACAGAUCCGUACAAACCAUUCAUGAGUGACUGAGUACUCGAAGCUGUGAAAUGUACUAAGUAAAGUGCACAUCUAAAGAUAAUUGUAUGGGUUUAGUACGUACUUUAUGAAAACUGGGUCUGUCUCAAAUUGGGAGUUUUUUGGGGGUAUUUUUUUGUCUGUAAUAGGAUGCCAGUUUGUUAAACCUUUUCAGCUAAUAGGUAUUUCACAAGGUCACAAAUAGAGAUCAAGUUCUCCUUCCAAUAUGGCAGCAGUGGAGCUUCUGUGUUUAAAAAAAAUAAAAAGCCUGUAGGUGCCCACCUGACAGAAAAGAGGUGGGCUGCACAGAUACCCUGGUCUGGCUGGAUCCUGUCCACACAUUGUGCCUGCUGCUGGUGCCAGCCCGUCUGUCACUCCUGCUCUGAGUGACAAGCUAAUGCUCCUGUGCACUCCUGAUUUGAACUAUCCCAGCCUAAAGCACUGUUAACAUAGACAUCAUUAGCAGUUUAAACAAGCCUGAAUAUAGAGCUGCUUGGGUCAGAGUUUUAAAAAGACUGACAUAUAAUGAGCCUUAUCAUUAUAAAACAAUACUGAUUUAUAAUUUGGAAGUUUGUGGUCUAGCCUUACUUUGAAGCAAAGCAAAAUCUUCCUUUAAGUUCGUUACCAAGGAGAGCUAUGACUAAAUUAGACUUGUGGCAACAGGGGCUGAAACAGCUGGCCCUGCCCGGCAUACCCACAGCAAGACAGACACAAGUCAUAGCAAUGAUAGGCCUGCGCCCCCUUUGUCGUCAAAGUAAAAGACGAAGCUGAUGCUGAAGGAUAUAUGUUACAAAAUGGGUAUGUCUAGAAAGGCAAAAGAAAUGCUGUUUUAUCCUUACACACGUAGCUCUGGUAAAUGACUUGUGAAAUCGAUUUUAAAAAAUCAGAGGUUAAGAUUGAAAAUGAUGGUUUAGUCAUAACCCAGUAAUAAUGACAAUGAGGUUUGACCUGAUUCUUAAUACUUAUGGUAAACAGGCUCUUACUGCUUGUAAGUCACACUGAUGACCUUCAGAAGUACUAUGGGAUGGAGAAGGAAGCACAGGAUGUAAUGCAGGGGCUUCAGGGAUCAUUUGGUUAGCUCCCUCUUUUCCAGAGGGGAUUAUGGGGCCCAGAAAUUCAGGAGCAUCUAGAUAUAGGGCUGGACUCCCCACAGGGUGCACUGAAUGGCCAUGUAGUCCACAAAGGCAGAAUUAUGUGUAUGUUUUUUCAUGUAACCAUCUCCAACAUGUUUGGGUUUUUUUAUCCAGUCUUAAGAUAUAGCUUGUCUACCCUAAAAAGACAACUGAAGAAAGUAUGGAAAUAUCUAAGUAGAUUUCAGCCCAAGUUCUUUUUCACUCUCCCUUUGUGUCUAUCUUAGGGCUGACAAGAAUUUUCUUGUUUUCUCAGUUGAACUAUUCAUCUCAUGUUUAAUGUGUGUAACAUUGCUGAGAAAUAAAGUACUGUAAGUUCAAUUUUUAAAACUUUUAA